AUGCUUUCUCUGACUGUGCUUCUGCUAAUGGCUGCAGCUGCCGUCUGGGCUUCUCCAGGUGACAACUUGGACGAAUUCAGCGACUGCAGAUUUCAGUGUGAACAGUUGUCGUGUUACCUGAAUCCAUACUUCCUUCUUCAGAAUCAGUUUGAAGAAGCACUCAAAGCGUCUGGAGAAUACAGACGGUACGAGCCGCUGUGGCGGUUCACGCUGGGGAAAAUCAACCUUGCAAUGCAGAUAUUGGGCUGGGAUUGCCCCUCCAAUUGCGACUACCAGUGUCAACAGAUUGUGACCAAAGAGAGGAUCAGAAACGAUGAAGAGGUGUACCAAUUCCACGGCAAGUGGCCAUUCUGGAGGAUUUUUGGCGUUCAGGAGGUGGUGCUGGCGUUGUUUUCCUUGUUGAACUUUGUCCCCCACUACCUCGGGUACAAAUUCAUGAAGGAUACCCUCCAAAAGCUUCCAAAGCACCAGUCCUCGUUUCUUCGAGUGCCAUUCAACAAUGCCCGUUUUGCUGCGUUCGUGGCCAUGGCGGCGUGGCUAGCUCUGACAAUCUUCCACAUUCGUGACGUGCUCUUCACCGAGAAGCUCGACUACUACCUUGCUGGAUUGACCGUCUUGACCGGAUUCUACGGUAUUACCUCCCGCUAUUUCCGCCUCUACCUCCCACAAAGAUUCCUCCUCAAAUAUCUAUUUAUCUUGCUAUGCGCUGGCGCCUACGCUGCCCACAUCUACCGUCUUGAAACCGACUGGCUGUACACAUACAACAUGCAAGCGAACAUCACGUUUGGGGUGUUGCAGAACAUCUUCUGGGGCUUGACGUGUUUCGAGAUCUACACAAAGUACUACAAUCUCGAGAAGGAGGACGACGUGAUCCGUUUGGACCACCUUCAGUACAUUCGUUCCAAUCGCAUCAUCUUGGGCAGUUUCUACUCCAAAUCGCCGAAGCUCUACUCGCUCUAUCCGCUUUUGCUCUGCUUCAUUGUGAUUGUGGGUAUGCUGCUUGAGAUCUUUGACUUCCCACCGGUCUUCUUCGACUUGGUCGAUGCCCAUUCGUUGUGGCAUUUGGUGACGUUUUUCCCUGCCUUCUUUGGCUGGUACGACUGGAUGGCGUGGGACAUCACAAACAACAUCUGGGACGAUCUUGAGUCCACUGCCGAGAAGAAGAACCAGUAA